CUAGUUAGCAGUAUUAAAUGCCUAGAUAAUUAAGCUUGUAAUAUUAUACACACACAUCGGAGAUUUCGUACAGAAAUGCUAUGUAAUCCAUGAUUGUCACAACUACAGUAACAAGUAAUAUCAGUAUAUGUGACAAUGUGUGCGUAUUUACUUAUCUAGUUAGGGUUAGCACAGUAAAAAAUAUGCGUUUCGAUAUAUUUUAUUCGUGCCAAAAAAAAAAAAACAAAAUUUAUAACUAUUGUAUUAUAAUACCCAUGACUAGGUAAAAACUUACGACACAUAACAGGUACUUUACAAAGAGUAAGUAAUCAAUCAAUACCAUUUGUAUAUUUAAGAUUAUUAUUCAGGGAGUGCCUGGGAUGCAAGGUACCAGACAAUUCUGAAAUGGGCACGGUCAAUCGACCUCAUUCUAAAUACGCCUAUAACCACUUUACAUACUAUUCGUAAAGACAUUUUUACUGCUCCGUUUCUUCUCAGCGAAUUUAUUCUACAAUGUGAAAUAAAGUGAAAAAUACCGUACGAUGAAUAUCCGUAGAGUGGACGAUUCAUAAGUUUAUAGGCCACACACUGGCCACAUAAAAUUUUAUUUAACAAAACGUCAUUAUAUAAUUAUUUAAAAGCUUAUGUACUUGUCAGUGAUAUUUAAAAAUAUGAAAACCUAAAAAAUGAACAUGAGCUCUCAUAUUUCACUAAUAGAUUUGUCUAAACAAUUCCCUUUUGAAAUUGAUAACCGAAUAAAGGACGAAAUAUGUUUCGGCGAAACAUUAAUUAUAAGUUGCGGUCACCACGAUGGCGAUAUUGCUGAAGAGUUAUCAGAUACUGAGUGGUCGUGUGAAGAUAGUACAGAAAGUGAAAUUUUACCAGAACAAAAAGGUGAUACAAUAUUUGAAAUUAAAGAUCGAGUGGAAGAGGAAACUACUGAUGAUGUAGUUGUUGAAGAAGAGAAUGAUUUCUAUUAUUACUUUUUCCCCGAUUGUAGUAAACCUCUGUCCCCCAAGGAUAGUAAGGCAAGUAUAGUUAUUAUGAAUGGGUUACCGCAAAUAAACCCUGCCAUGAAAGGGCAAAUUUACUGCACUUGUAAAAUUGAUAAAAAAGGGAAAUGCGAAUGUCAUGAUAAAUUACCUUGUGAAUGUGAACCUAAAUCUAUAGAGGAACGUGUUUGCUUAAAUUUGGAUAAUAUAUGCAUAUGCCACGAUGGAAAACCGCAAACAAAAUGUACAUGUAAAGGCAGUGACGUUUGUGUAUGCCAUUCUGACGGACAUUAUCAACCAAUACGUGUUUGCGGUAAUAUCGAUAAACCAUGUGUAUGUUAUCCAGAUAAGUUUCCUAGUCUUGUUUGUACAUGUAAACAUAAACCCAAAUUUAUAGAAGAUAUUAAAUUCAUUAGUAGCGAGGGAGAAAACAAUGAAUUGGAGAUACAAACCAAAGUAAAAGAUGCAAUAAAUAUUAAUGAUAAUACCAAACAGAGGCCUUGCGAUUGCCAGAAACCAGAGCCGAAACCUUUUUGUGUAUGCUUAAAAACAAAAGAUUGUAUAUGUCAAGAAAAUUCUUGCAUAUGCGAUGUAUGGAAGACUAGCGUUUGUGAACCUGUGCAGAACCAAGAAUCAAUUUGUAAAUCUGAUGAUUCUAAAUCAAUUUUUGACUGUCCUGUUUUACCUGAAUGUACUUGCGAUGUUAAUUCUCUGGGAUGUAAAUGUUUUCCAAAACCAUUAUGCACAUGUGGUGAUCCAGAGAAAUGUAAAUGUUUUACUGUUUGUGAAUGUACGGCUCCUUGUAUAUGUAACAAAAAUAAAAGCGAUACAGAAUGUAUUUGUUUAAACGAAUCGAAACAUCAUGAUGAUAUUGUUUGCACUUGUCCACAUAAAAAAGAUGAAGCCAACAAAUUAAAAAGAGUUCGUGCGGGGAAACAUGGUUAUAGGUGGUGCCAUGAUGUUGACCCACGACAUACUUAUUUUGAUUAUGGAUAUGGAAGACAUGAUAAAAUUUCUUAUAAAGUCCAAGAGCGUGAUAAAUUAAAAAUAUUAGGUCUAUAUGAAGAAAAUAAAGAAGAAGUGUGUGCGGUUCAUGAAAUACGGGCUCCACAAUAUAAAAAGAAAGUUAGAAAACCAUCUGUUGAUUGUUGCAGUGCUGUUGGAGGUAUAAGCAUUUCUGUGGAAGUACUUGGUGAAGAUAAAGAUAAGUUCUUGGUCCAAGUAGUAUCUCAUUCGUCAAAGGAAGGAGCGAAAACAGGAUCAAAGCUUGUUAGCAUCGUAGACUGCAAUCUUCAUACGAUGGAGGAAAACAGAACUGAGCAUAUUACAAAAAAGAACGUAACCAAGGAGCGUCGAAAUUAUAUGGCAAUCUGUGAGAGUGGUUAUUAUAACAAAGUAACUCGUAUUUGUGGGGAGCGCCAUAUUGUUAAGCGCUUUUAUCAUACUUUUGAAGAGGCUCAUGAUUUCUUAUUGGAAGGUGCUAAUGUCGUAAUUUUAAGGUACUUGGGUCUUCGGCGCUAUAAGGGAAAUAUUAAAACCAAAACUGUUUUGAUGGAUGGGACUAUAUGCGAGAGUAUUUAUGUUUCUCAAGGAGUCAGUCAAGCUAUUGUUAAUAGUAAGGCCCUAUUCGUUGUUAAGGUGGAACGUCACAUCAUAGAGCCUUCUGGUUAUGUUCACCAAACUUUGACUGUUCUUACGCUUAGAGGUUAUGUUGUUAGUCAUGAGUGGGCUGACAACAGUUACAUAUUGCACCUGAAUCCGCUUUUGCGUGUUGUCCCCGAAAAAGAUGAAAUAGAAUCACAUGCACCAUCACGAGAGAACUGGCGUCAAGAUCUUCAAUUACUGUCAGAUUAUUUGGACUUCAAGAGCACCCGGUCAUCAGAGGGCGCUCGGUAUGUGACUGAAAGCGGCGCCCUGACGGGGACCGUCCGUGAUUACCUUCAGGCUCUGUUGUUGUUGAAACCACAUGACGUUCUUCACUUCACCAGGCAUUAUUUUAGUGGAGUACUAUCAGCGCUGGACUUACCUCACAAUGAAUAUUUUGAUCCUGCGUCGAAGCAUGUUAGAUAUUACUUUUUCGAAGAAUAACUUAAAAAAAAUUGUACUAUAAUAUUUUUUAGAUACUAUCAUCCAUUUCUUUUACAUAUAUUAAUUCAACAAUUAUUUAGACAUUCAAGCUUUUAAAAAAUCUAUAGAUAUACUUAUAUUAUAUGUACUACUUUAAAUUUACAUUUAUACAUAAAUUGAUAUUGUUUAUUUUCUGUUUAUUAUUUUCUAAAUAAAUACAU